GCGCGCGCACGCACCCCUAGUGUAUGUUUUCAAACGAGUUCUCGCGUGAAGUGCUGCACGGAGCGGAUGUGUGUUGUAUAUACCGGCGAAAAAAUGGGCUUGAAACUGCGUAGUUUCUUCACGAAAUUUUGGAAUAGAGCAGAGAGGCCAUCCAGAAUGGUUCUAACCGUGACCGAGGACACACCGGCGGACAUGCUGGCUGGAAGUAUGGAGCUCCUGGUCCAGCUACCUCGGGAGCACCAUCAGCAAACGCAAAGGGUCACGGUGCAGAGAAGUACGCCCAUGAUGGACCUCCUUGUGCAGAUAGCCACGGCCCACAAAUUGACAGCCUCCAGCUACACGCUGCAGGCCAUAGGAGAGCAUGGUAUAGUUCUACCUCAUCAACCGAACACCCCUAUUGGCGCGUUGGAUGCACUUCAGGUGAAAUUGCUGCCGAAACAGGGAACCUUUGUCCCCCGGAAGACCAAGCAGGCCAAUCAACCCUUUGAAACCACUUUCAGGCUACAGGUGCAUCUACCAAGGAACCAAUUGUACGUGUCCAGAGUCAGCCCGAAAAUGAAUCUGGGCGACAUUUUGGACGAGGUCUGUCGUGAGAAGAAUCUGGACAGGAGCAAGUACGAGCUACGCCAUCCAGCAAGCUUAGAGACCCUGGACCUCUCUCUGUCCCUUCAGGACUACAACCUCCAGGAAGUUACGCUUUACGCGAAACAGGGCAGAACGCUCGGCUCGGCCCUCAGCACGCAGGACAUAAUGGUACUGCACAGGCAAGAGGAACGAAGGAGGCAACAGGCCAAGCAAGGUGUUUUUGGGUUCGUCUUCAAGAAGUCCAAGGAGAGCUCUCUGAGCACGGACAGCCUUGGCGGACGGAGUGCAUCCCCGGCCAGAAGCGACGAGACUGGCAGAAGUACUAGUCCCCUUCAGCCGCCUGCCAGGCCCCAAAGAAAACGGAGGCCUGCCCCCAAACCGCCUAUGGACGCUCAGCCAAAAGUCAGCAAUAGUUCAGAGGAUAAUCCAGGGGACUCUUGCAAAGACAAGGUAGUCAUAAGUCACAGUCGCAACAGCAGCGACAGUUCCGGUUACCACGAGGCGUCCGUGUUGAGCGACAACCCCGACUCGGCCGGAAGACUGCCAGAAACGUUGCCCAGAAGAAGCAGACUCCCAGUGGAGACGUCCAGGAAGUUGGCGCAUACCUCUCAGUCUAGUAAGAGCCUCAGCAAUCUGGCUACUGUUCCUGGUACGCUCUCCCAUGGGAUUAGCAGUACCUCGUUGAGUUCUACAGGCCUACGAAAGAAAAGAGCUGCACCUCCUCCGCCAGCGACCAGACCCCUCUCGUCGGCGAUCUCUACCCAAGCACUGGAGCGUAUCGUGGACUCUGAGGAAUCGCUGACCUCAGACAUCGAUCCCUCGAAGCCUCCGUCAGACAUUGGCGCUCCGUCAAAGGCGAACUCGGACAUCGAGGAUAGGCCAAAAGCUAACUCAGAUAUCGGAGUGACCACUUUGGGCACAAAAAUCGAUUUCGCCAGGCCGGAACCAUCGAAGGUGGACGUGGAGAUAAAAAUGGAUAUCGAACCGCGUCACAGAUCGGGAUCCGUAAACGUUAAGUUACCCAGCGACCAGCCAGGGAACACUGUACCCGUAACAGACGCUCCUGUAGACGCUAGACUGCCCCGGAAGAGAGUCGGAGAACCCGUUCCAGUUCCCAAACCUAGAAAAACCUCUACGACCAGUAGCACGUCGAUGAAGCCUUUGGCGCCUAAACGCAGGUUAGCACCGCCUUCCCCGUUGAGUAGAACCCUCGACUCAGUGACCAGCAAUGUAGACCACCGCUUAGCAAACGCUCCUGUACACUUCAGCAAUGGAAGUGUCACCAGUGACGCGAGUUCAAAUGCCCUUGAAAGACCUGCCAUCAACGGUAACGUCGGAUCCACCAGAAGUUCCACGUCUGAUCAAAGGAUUGAGGGUCAAGAGGAGCUAGAAGAUACUUCCACUUGCUCUGUAAACGAGGAUGAGGUGUUCCUGACUUCUGGAGUCGACCAGAGUCCAGCAUCCUUUGAUUCAGCUUCUGUGACUUCAGAAGAAAUGGUGAAUACCAUGAAAAAGAAUGAGAAUGGUACACAUGAAAUAGAAAUGUCACCAAAGGAUCAAGAUAUUGCUGUGGUGAAAGGUGAAGAGCCUUCACUGAUGGCUGGAAGAGUUGUUGCUGGCCGAGAGAAGAAAAUGUGCGCUGUGAUCUCAACCAUGCCAAAGUGCGAACACCUGGAUGAGUUGACAGAGGGCAAGGGAAGUGCGUUGUUCAAAACGAGGAAUACAGAGAUCAGAGGGAGUGUCGAUAAUGCAACUGAUCAGGAAGGUGCUAAAGAUUCGAGAAGAGCCAGGAUCCCACGAACUGCGUCCAAGUCGAACGACUUUGAAAUCAACUCGCUGGAAAAACAAAAGAGGCAUUUCACAUCUCACGCAGAGGACUUCACCUUUGCUUUGAAUCUGAAUGUGGCGUCCAAUGUUCGCAUAUUGUCUGGCCAAUCGAAACAGCUUGGUGAAGACCUAACUAAGUCGAAUGAGAAGGAGGAAAAAUCGCCUUGCGGAUUGGGUGCAUCAGAUUCAAAUCUCUCGGAGACUGACGUCUUGCUACAGAAAGUGUCAGACACAUUGUCCAACUCACUGCCAGUUUCUACGGCCGUCGAAGUACCUAUCACGAGAUUUGUGUCCCCUGUUGGAGCGAAAUCGGGAACAACGUGCAAAGAAACACCUUCCCCAAGCAUUAAGAAAACCCCGAACGAGCAGGACUUGAAACAGCAGAGCAACGAGUUCCCAGAUGGUGCAAUAGUGAACACCAGCACCCCGAAUCUGACUGUCAAUUCACAGCAGGACACGUCUGAUUAUGUCUCAGCGGCUGACGAAGAUUUGUCCAUCGCAGACUGGGAGUACCAGCUUCCAGCUCCCCCGAGUGCCUUCAGGGAUUCUGCUUCUCCAGUGUUCGACAACUUCGAUGAAGUAAUUUCGUCGCCUGAUUCGUUCAGGGAUGCAGGAAGUAAGGAACAGACUGACAGGGACCUGAGGAACUCCUUGGAGAAGCAGGAAACAAGAACAGAAAGUAAAGGUACCUCUGAGAAAGAGGUUAGGAAAGAGAUAUUCCACGAGAAACUCCAAAGACAGCCAAGAUCAGACUGUAACUUGAAGAAGGAAGUGAUCUGUGAAUUAGAGAACAAAAUAAGCACAUUGCCCCAGGGAACCAAGGACUUUGAUUCCCGAAAGGCUAUAGAGAACUCAUUGACUGCCAAGAUUGCACCUGUGGACAAAACUCUGUCGAACUUCACUAUCACUACUUACACCAGACAGAAAAGUCUGAAUGUAUUCGAGGAGGUGCAGGAUCAGUCUCGAAGGAGGAACAACGAUGAGAGGUUCAUCAAGUCAUUUGCGACUCUGUCCAGAAACAAGAGCAAUUUGGAUGAGACCGAGGACAGAGCUGCAAAGGAAAUCAGCACUGGAACGUUGCAGGGAAAGAAGGAAGUGGAAGACACUGAUCACGCGAAGCUGGAACAACCAAAGAUGCAAACGGAAUCCCUGCAUAGGUGGCAGUCUGGUAAUGAGAAGAGUAAUAUUCAAAGGUCUAAGAGCUACAUGUCUGUGUGCGACAAGCCCAAGUUCCAAGAGGCCACGUGUGAAGAUGAGGUUGUCAGGAAUAAUAAUAAUAUGGUGAAUAUGGACAAUGUUGGGCUGAAAAAGGCGACAAGUAUCACCAGCCUGAAUGCAACCAGGAGUAACAACGAGAAGUUCUCACAGUGGAGGGACAAUAUUCUGAAGCGGCAAGAGGAACCUACCAAAGAGAAGCAACUGCAGUCUUUACAGGUACUGAAAAGCAUUUUACCGCAGUUGAAGAACGCUCAACAGGCGGAGGAAAAUGUCUCCAAAGAAUCAUCUGACGACAUGGUAGUGCUACCUGAGAAAACGAGGCCCGAGACUACGUCUAACGAACGUUCGAUCGAAUUGAAUGUAGUUUCGACUCGAUCUGAAGGGAAAUCAGAACCAGAGCAAAGGAAGCCACCAUCCGAAACCAGCUCUAAGCGUUACACUUACUCCGGACCGCCUGCGAUCAGUUUAGGCAGCUGGUCAGAGAGACCAACCGUGAAUGUUCAGAUAAAAAUGGACAAAGAUUACAAAUUGGGAACUCUGAAGAGCAACAACAGGACGAUUGUAAAUAUAAAUGGCACCAGAGACGAGGCAGAUGGGUGUAAUGAAGAGUCCAGAAGACCUCGGAAGGUCCUGGAGAAGAGCAAUCAAAUAGAAAUUGUAACGUCGGAUAGGAGGGAGCCCAACGAACUGGCGAAGAAACUGAUCACGCACACAACAGCGACAGGCUUCAAGAGGCCAGUGUUGAACAAAGUUUACAUAGAAUCGAAAUCAACGAAUGAAAAACCAGUGGUGACCGGAGUAGAGUUGAAGAAAAGCUUCCUAGAGACCAAGCAGAGCGACGACACGAUCGACACGACACCUGUGAACUUCAAGGAGGUGUCGAAGGCCUUUGGUCAGGAGAUCUGCCUGCGGCCAAAGCCAAAACGGAUCACCUUGAAUCGACGCUCGGAUCUUCAGAUUGAAAACGAUUCCAACAAACAGAACGGACACGUUCAUCCGGAGACAGUCCGUGCUACCAAUGAUCAAUACUUGAGCAACGGUAGCCUGGACACCUCGAAGCCGAAGAAAUUUACCUCUGUGGUGGGUGUGAACCCUUCGAAUCAGGGGAACUUCUCGUUUGGGAAUCGCAUCGGUGCUAAGGCUGGCGCAGCUCCGCCUGUUAUAAAGGGAUUCCGGAUCACGAAUGGAAAGGGGGACCAGGACAACGAGAAUAAUCGUAAGGAAACCUUCAAAGAGUCAUCCAUACCCCAACCACCCAGGCCCCCUACAAUGCCCGUUAUCACAGGCGUCACGUUGAAAAGCACAAGGCCGAAAUCGAUGCCGGUCCAGGUGGACCCGAGGGACACUUUGUUGGAAUCGAUUCGGAACUUUGGGGGCCGCGAGAAUCUGAAGAGCGCUGCUGAAAGAUGCUAAGUGCCUUCCAGUCUUAACGGCCGAACUACUUGAAUUUAUUGCAAACAGUGGCUAACGAUUAUCGUCAUUGUUGCGAUACAUUCAUUGCAUGUCAGUGUUCCUCUAACAACCAAUAUUCGUUCUACUAAUGUCGGAAGAAACUAUAAUGGUCAAGGACAACGUUCCGAAGACGUCUUCUUGGUGCUCUCAUCAGAACAACCGGUAGCGAUAGAAUGAUCGUAGAGACGAGGUUUAUUUAUAUACAUAUAUAUAUAUUUUUUGUUGUUCUUGGAAAUCAUUCGUGUGUAAAUAUCGUGUGUAAAAAGUCGGACAACCGAGAAGAAGGGUUGUCGUUAAAUAUGAUCGAAAAUGUACAUAUCCACGUAGACGUGUAAAGUUUUCCGAUCGAAGCAAUUAGAGGAGAAAGAGGGUAGGGGAGAGUCUUUGUAUUAUCAUGUCCAAAUAGUCAACGGAU